UGGCAGAGGUGGACGAAUAAGAAAUGUAGAGCGUGAUAAGACAGCAGACUUAGGGGUGGAACAUUUAGUACCAGAUCUAAAAACCCAGAAUGAUAACACAAUUCCACAGAAAAAAAUAAAAAGUACAUAGGGAAUAAGCUAAGCACAGCAGGUUAGUGGGGUGUAUAUAUAUGAUCCACGGUGGAUGCCAUCUGAUCUCCUAAAAACCAUGAGACUGCUCUCUUUUUUUCUGAUUAUCGGAGCUGCUGUGGCAGUUCCCCGCUAUGAUGGAAGGAUCAUCGGAGGGCAUGAGUGUGAGCCGCACUCUCGUCGUUACAUGGCGUCCCUCAACUAUGGGUACCACUUCUGUGGAGGAGUUCUCAUCAACAAGCAGUGGGUGCUCUCUGUUGCACACUGCUGGUACAAUCCAUAUUCAAUGCAGAUCUUCCUGGGAGAACAUGAUGUACGUGUGUUUGAGGGAACAGAGCAGCUCAUGAAGACUGACACCAUCAUCUGGCAUCCAAGCUAUGACUACCAGACUCUGGACUAUGACAUCAUGCUGAUCAAGCUCUUCCAUCCUGUGGAGGUGACUGAGGCUGUUGCACCCAUCUCACUGCCCACCGGAUGUCCAAUGGGAGGCCUCCCUUGCUCCGUGUCUGGAUGGGGGAACACUGCCACAGAUGGUGAAGAAGUGAACAUGCCCACCCGUCUGCAGUGUUUGGAUGUGCCCAUAGUUGAUGACAAGGACUGUGAAAACGCCUAUCCAGGCAUGAUCACUCGCAGGAUGGUGUGUGCUGGGUACAUGGACGGAGGCAGGGAUGCAUGCAAUGGUGACUCUGGCAGCCCUCUGGUGUGCGUUGGAGAAGUGCAUGGCCUGGUGUCGUGGGGACAGGGCUGCGCUCAGCCCAACUACCCUGGUGUCUACGUUAAAGUUUGCGAGUUUGUCUACUGGAUUGAAGACACUCUUGCAGCCAAUCCUUAAAAAAUAUAUAAAUAUUUCUAAUUUCCCUAA